AAGGAGUAAUGGUAGUAAUAGUAGUAAUCAUCUCAAGGGAGGUUGAGGCAGUGCACUAGGAUGUAUUGAAAACAUUUCCUUACUUUUUUAAUAUCAAAAACAAUCCCCUGCUUUAAAGAGUAGCAGAGACUAGUCUGCUGAAAUGGAAUCAAUUGAGACGGAAGAUAUCUCCACGGAUAGAUCGUUAGAAGGCUUAGAACAGACCUACAAGUACCCAGUCAAUUAUUCAAAAAGGGGCGUUGUGCUGUUGAAGGAGUAUGUCAACACAUCAGCGCUGUCCAAACAUGACUUGAAGCAUAACGUUGUGGGCAGUGAAAAGACUGCUUGCACAUACUGCGGAGAGUCUGUGGACACAGAUGUCAUACUCACCAUUGAGGACCUCAACACAUCCUGCCACCCCUCAUGUUUCAAGUGUGGCAUAUGCAGCAAGCCAAUGGGGGACCUGCUCGGUAACAUGUUUCUGCGUCAAGGGACAGUUCAUUGUGGGAACUGCUAUGCAAAAGUCAAUUAAAGCAAAAGGUAAAUUAGAGUUUAGAUGCAAAAGUAGAAGUGAGAUACUGUACAUUCAAAUAUCUUACAUCAUCACCAGAACUAACUCCUAAAGGUACACGCCAAGUUUUUGAGAAAUUAGCUUAGGAAGUAACACCAGUUAUCCUAUAGAUCCCUAUUAGCUAUAGGUGUGCAUCCUUUCAUCUAACUGUGGGCUGGAAGGCAAAUAAGCUAAGCCAUGUUACUUUAACAUUUUGAAGGUUGUCCAAAACCACUGCUGUUGAUCCUUUUUGAGUUGUUAGAAAUAUGUACAUUUUUUUAAUCAUAACCUAUGUUACAACAUAACUGUUUGUAACUGAUACCUCAUAUCAAGUUAUGAUCUGUGGCCAUAUCACUUAAGUCUUUCUGUAUUCCUUGUAGCAUUCUAGCAACAAAAUACAUAUUUGUUCAAAUGAA